AUGAACAGAUCUCCUACCUCAUUUGAAAAAUACAAUAUCUGCAGAAAUAUUGGUGGCUGCUACACAAACUUUAAUGUUACUGGCCAAUACAAUAAAAAUGUACUGAGCGCAGCUCUUUCACAAGCAUUGAAGGCGCUUAUCUCGAAAAAUGCUGAAUUAGCGGUAAACUUUAUGAGAAUAAAUAACGAUGAUUUUGCAAGUAAUGGUGCAAAUUUCCGAUUAAGACCACUUAAUCUGAUCAAAUUUUCGGAUGUUGUAACCUAUAAGAAGGUUGAAUCUUUUGAUGAAUCGAUUCUUCAACUAAUUGAUCGAGUUGUAUGUCCAAUGGAUAGCACCACUACUCCUUUGUGGAGAGUGAUGGUGUUUGAAACCACCACUACACAACAUAUAUCCUUUAUUUGUGACCAUACUUUGUUUGAUGGUAAUGGAGGGAUCCAAUUCCAUGAUGAUAUACUUGAAGAAUUGGCAGCUUUAUCUUCUGAUCCAAAAUUCAUCGAGACAAUCUUUGAAAAUGAUCCAGAAAACCCUACAGUUUUACCAUUAAAUCAAGAAGUUUCUGACAUGUAUAAGCCAAGGUUAUACUAUACCGUUUCUACUCUUACAUCCAAGCUUCUCACCCCGCAAUGGGUCAAGGACGCAUAUCAAAAUGGAUCCAAUUUCAUUAGACAAUAUUGGAAAUCUACUAAUCCAAAUUAUAUUGAUACUAAUAUUAACCCGAUCUUUACCCAUAACCCAACCAGAAAGGGAACUCCAACCUAUUACAAGUUGAUCAAUUCCACCCCUGCCGAAGUAUCGAAAAUCUUGAAAUACUGUAAGGCAAAUGGUAUCACCAUGACUACUUAUUCAAUCGUCUUGUGCUUGUUAUGUCUCCAGGACACAUUUUUCAAAACAAUUACAAAUAAUGGAACCCCUUCUGCUAACACAGAUGUGGCAAUUGAUGCCCGUAGAUACUUAACUAAAAGGCCUAAAUAUGGUUUAAUUGUUGGCGCUGCAUCCAUUUCAACACCAUAUUUACCCCUGACUCCGGAGUCACUUCUCCCACACAUGAGACAAUUUGCCGCUGAACUCACUCAAUCAGUGGAAUCUAAAGAUUGUGUUGGUAUUGUUGGUCUUUUGGAUUAUGUUAAAGCCAACGAGUUCUUGGAAAAGAAAUUAGAUUGUCUCUCUCGUACAACAUUGGAUAUCUCAAACUUAGGUAACAAACAAUUUACCCAUGGUGAUUGGAAAUCAGAAAAUUUCGUUUUCAGUCAAUCUAAUGGACUUGCAGCUUACUUUGACUUGUCAAUUAUCAGUACUCCAGAACUGGGGAUGAAUAUUGUCUUCGGAUAUUUAGAAGAUUGUAAAGAUAUGACUGAAGAAAUUGAGCAAUUUGCCGCAUUAUACAAAGAGAGAUUAGUACUGUUCGCAGCCCUCUAA